CGCUCCUUCGAUAGCUAUGAUAUUCCACACUUUUUGGCCAAUGAAGACUUCUCUUUCGUGUACGGAAGGCGGUCCAGUCAUCGAGUACCUGGAUGUGGUCGCUACCUCCCUUACCUUAGUUAUCUCUACGGGCUCUGGCCAAACUGCAUUCGUCCAACGUUGCAUUUCUAUGACGGGGCUUCGAGUUGAAGCAGACAGCUGGACUGGUCUUGCUCCAUCGAAUUCGGGUUGUUCCCUUCUCGACUUCGCAACAAGAAGGCAGGUGGCUUACAUGUCAUGCCGCUCUAUCCCUCCAUGGAGGCAGUAAAUGGAUAAGAAGAGUGUUUUCACGGUCGGAAGGUGCACCUCACCCGAAGUUUCUACUCCCACUGUCACAUUUAAGGUGGUUUUCCCCCAACCCAACACACUUCCUCCGUUAAUAACAAGGGCACGACAUUCUUGCAGCAUCGAUCACCAAUAUCAACACAUUCAGAAUCCUUCCAACAGAACUACAUCGAGUCGUCUUCUUUCACCACGCAGCCACAUUACCGUCACAAUGCCGUCCAAUUACUUCAAGUUCGUCGGCCCCCCUGAGCACGUCACCGAAGAGGCAAUCCUCUGGGAAAUCGCCUUCCCUUUUAAGCGCGACGGCCCAGAGGGCAGCGGCCUACCCGAAAAAGACUGGUGGAACCACCUCCACGACUUCCGCAUCACGUACACUUGGGAACUCAAUAUCGCUGAAACGAGGAGGCAUGCCCACUUCAUGACAGUUCUCGAGAUAGGCCGUGAAUACCAAUGGCCCGACCACUUGAAGCGGCAAAGCUGUACUUUACCCAUCCGCGGCCCCGAUCGGGACCCCAACGUAAUGCCCUGGAGACAGGAUUGGUUCGCCUUCCCUCUCGGUUUAACCAACUCUCGUUUUGACGGGCCUGCUGCCUUCUUGUCCUCCUCUGAGUCAAACGGCGUUUUGCCUAUCGACAGGCGUAUUCAUACAAGGGGCUUGCAACAAGUCCUCGGCUGCUUUUUGGGUCAAAAGGGCGGCAACCGGCCCAGAAAGUGGGAUGAUAUACCGGAAAACUGCAACAACUGGUGGCGAAUAUACGCCGAUGCCUCAAAUCUCUUGCUCGGAUCUUCCUUCGAAACUUUGAAUUCAGAGGAGCCAGACCCUUGUUACCAGUGGGAAGAAGCAGAUUACCUGCUCAUCCUCCAGAAUUGCAUCAAAGCCCCCAAGAUUCCUGACGAUAUGCCCAUAAACUCAUGUCAUGUGCCUGCCAUGUUCGAGCUUUGGAUCAAAGUCGAGAACCAAGCUGGAACGAGGACGUUCUUCAACAAGAAGCUGAUGCCCAUACCGCGCAGCUAUGAAUGGGUACAUGCACUUGGGUCAGACUCUAAUCUCACGUGGACAGAUAGGUCACUUGUGGCCUUUGACGGUGUCAGUGUCCACAAGAUUAAUCCGACGAAUUCCAUCCCUGGGGAACGCGAGUUCUUGAUUCCGAUGACGGGACAUGGGAAAGGGACCUGGACCAUGCUCGCUAAGAUCCUCUCAGAAGGUGGUACUAUUCGCAGGUUGGCAAGGAAGUUCCGCGGUCUAUCACCGGAGGGACAGCAGUGGCUUGUAAAGAGACAAGAAGAACUGAAGGAUUGGUUGUACACUCCGGCGUCACUGGACGACUAGGUGAUAGUGUCUUUUUCUUUUGUCCAUUGGAUUGCUUCGCUACCUCUGGGCCGAAACAACAUGGUUGGAUCAUGAAGGACGUGUCAUGGAUGUCAAGGAAGCAGCAAUUUAGGCAGGGUCCAGGUUGACAGCAACGAGAUCAACCGCUUGAGGGCCAAAAGAGGGAGCAUAGAGAGCUUCGACGAAUCUUGAGGAUAGAUUUGUGGGAAAUCGUUAGCGUAGCCCCAGACCGGCCUUGUAGCGGAAUAUCAAGG